CACGGAAAUAUGGAAAAGUGACAAGUGAAGACUGUUGCUAUGGAUUUUAGGCGGUGUUUCUAGCUCAGCUUUCACCGUGUUUGUGGACUACCAGAGCGAUGUUAAAAGGCCGGUGUCGGUGCUAACUAACUUUAUGAGAGAUGGAUGCCUGCCGUGCUGGGAAUGGAGAGAGCGUUCGACCUCUGUUGAUAGUUGAAUAGCUGUUAGUCCUCGGUUUGUUCAGAGCCAUGAAACAAAGUGUUGCGGGGGUCAUGGGGGCUCUGGGACGACUUCUGCUGUCUCUCCUCCUGCUGUCCUGGGAAGGCAAGCUAUUUCAGGUUGGAGGGGUCAGAUCAGUCACUCUCCCAGAAUCGCUCCUGUUUGUUUCCACUCUAGACGGCAGUCUGCAUGCUGUCUCCAAACAGUCCGGAGACAUCAAGUGGACCCUCAGAGAAGACCCUAUUAUUCAAGUACCCGUCUACCUCACAGAGCCUGGUUUUCUCCCAGACCCCAACGAUGGCAGUUUGUAUGUCCUGGGUGGCAAACACAAGGAAGGCCUUAUGAAAUUACCUUUUACCAUACCAGAACUGGUUCAGUCGGCUCCCUGCAGGAGCUCUGAUGGUAUCCUAUACACAGGUAAAAAGCAGGAUGUUUGGUUUGUGGUGGAUCCUGAGACUGGCGAGAAGCAAACCAGUUUAACCACCUCCACCUCUGAAUCCAUCUGUCCCAACACUCCUCUGCUCUACAUUGGACGCACAGAAUACAUGAUAACCAUGUUUGACACCAAGACACAGGAGCUGCGAUGGAACGCUACGUACAAUGAUUACUCCGCUCCACCUUACGAUGAAAAACAGGACUACAAGAUGGCCCAUCUUGUGUCGAGCGGUGAUGGUCUCGUUGUGACAGUUGACAGAGAAACAGGUGACGUCUUGUGGAGUCAGAAUUAUGGGUCACCUGUAGUGGGGGUCUAUCUGUACUCUGGUGACUCACUGAGACAUGCCCCCCACCUGUCUCUCGCCAUGGAAACGCUACGCUUCCUCACCUUUUCUUCUGCAAACGACCAGGCAGACGCACACUCAACGUUGAAGUGGAGCUAUCAGUUUGUGAAGGAGCAAGCCAGCGCUCAAGCACAGCUUGUACCCACUCUUUAUGUAGGAAAAUUGGACUCCCACCUCUACGCCUCCACUUCCCUUGUUCACCAUGGAGUCUCAUUAGUGCCUCGGGGACUGACCUUGGCUCGAAUUGAGGGUCCGCUGACGGCCGGAGUGACGGUCAGAGAGCGAGGGGAGUGUGAGAUCACACCGUUCACUGAUGUGCGCUACCCACCGGGGAGCACAAACAGCCAAAAAAACCAAUGGCUGCUAAUAGGUCACCACGAGCUCCCUCCAGUGGCUCACACCACCAUGCUGAGGGAUUUCCCUGUUGGCCUGCAGCGUUCGGGGGAGGCAGUCAUCCCCCCUCGACGCUCUGCCUCUCCUGCCUCAUACUACCAUCAGCGCUACUUUGAGGCAGUUGCUGAUAGCCAUGACGACACCAAUGCUAACAGCGGAGGGGUUGAUGGGAAGGUGACAGGACAGGCCCGGAGUCCGGCCGCUGUGCUGCCCUUCUCCAUGACUCAGGACCGCCUGACUCUGGCUGUCCUGACGCUGCUGCUGGGAGGAUGGCUGGCCUUCGCCUUCACGUAUCCCGUUCGUGCAGCUCAUCAGCUGAAAGCUCAAAGGCAGAUGGAGGAGGCGUUUGAGUCUCGCCUCCAGCGCAUGCAGACAAACAUGCAGACAAACAUGCAGACAAUGGGCUCUGUUUCAUCAGACAGAACCCUUUCUACUGACACAAACCUCUCCAGUGACUCUCAGCCUGCCUCUGCUGACCCUCCACCGAGUCCUCACACUCACAGCAGCAGCACCUCAGAUGUCGAUUCAAAUGUCACGACUGCGCACAACCCCACAGCAGAAGGAAACAGUGAGGAGGUGCUGGUCGGGAAAAUUUCCUUCACGCCAUCUGAGGUGCUCGGACACGGCACUGCAGGAACCUUUGUCUUCAGGGGUAACUUUGAUGGACGCCAGGUAGCGGUGAAGCGAAUACUGCCGGAGUGUUUCGAGGUAGCAGAACGUGAGGUGCAGCUCCUCAGAGAGUCUGACACUCACCCGAACGUCAUCCGAUAUUUCUGCACAGAGAGAGACCGCCUCUUCACCUACAUCGCCAUCGAGCUGUGCACCGCCACCCUGCAGCAGUAUGUGGAGGACCCGUCUGGUUUUCCUGGGCUGAAUCCGAUAACUCUUCUGGGGCAGACCAUGUGUGGCCUCUCACACCUCCACUCCCUCAACAUAGUCCAUCGUGACUUGAAGCCUAGAAACAUCCUCCUUUCUGGUCCAAGUGCGCUUGGGCGGGUCAGAGCGCUCAUCUCUGACUUUGGACUCUGUAAGAAGAUCCCGGAGGGGCGGUGCAGCUUCUCUUUGAGGUCAGGAAUACCGGGAACUGAAGGUUGGAUAGCUCCUGAAGUGCUGCGGGAUACUCCGGGCAACAAACCGACAGCAGCAGUGGACGUCUUCUCGGCCGGCUGCGUGUUUUACUACGUGGUCAGCAGGGGGCAGCACCCCUUCGGUGAUGCGUUAAGACGGCAGGUCAACAUCCUGUCAGGAGAAUACUCACUGUCGCAUUUUACAGACGAUCUACAUGACGACGUCAUAGCACACAAUCUGAUCGAGCAGAUGAUCUGUGCAGAGGCUGAGUCCCGGCCCUCUACCGCCUGUGUGCUCAAACAUCCGUUCUUCUGGACCCCCGAGAAGCAGCUGCUGUUUUUCCAGGACGUGAGUGACCGCAUCGAGAAGGAACCAGCCGACAGCCCGAUUGUGGUCAAACUGGAGACAGCAGGACGAGCCGUGGUUCGAACCAACUGGAGGAUGCAUAUCUCUGUGCCUCUGCAGACAGAUUUGAGGCGGUUCAGGACAUAUAAAGGAAACUCAGUCCGGGACCUGCUGAGAGCCAUGAGGAAUAAGAAGCACCACUACCACGAGCUGCCCCCGGAGGUGCAGGAGACUCUCGGCGAGCUGCCCGAAGGCUUCAUCAGCUACUUCACAUCACGGUUUCCUCGGUUACUGAUGCACACACACGCAGCUUUGCACAUCUGCUCACAUGAGAGACUGUUUCACCCCUACUAUCUGCACCCCAACGCCAAAGAGUAAUGAUAUGGCUCGGCACUCUAUACUCACACACACACACAAACAGGUACACACACACGCACAGAUACACUGGUGUGCGAUUUUGUGAGCAACAGAAAUCGCUGACAGUGCCCCGUUAUUGCUUUUGUAAAGCCCUUACUGUUUUUGGAGGGGAUGAUACAGUGCUGUGAAAAAGGUUUUAUAUGGCUUGAGUUGUUUUUAUAGAUUUAUUUGAUGUUUUGCAGCUGCUGAAGAAACAUUUUUAGGAUUAAAUUAGAGGUCCGCAGGGUGCAUACCUGCAGAAAAUAAUCUUAAUAAUAGACAACGUUUUUAAAGUUCACUUUUAUAUUCAGUUCAAUCAAUAUUUCAGCAUCAUGUUGGCUCCACAUUCAGGAAAAUAUAAAAGCCACAAACAUGUUCAAAACAUAUUCUUUUUGAACUGCAGAAUUGUCUGAUUGUGUAUGAGGGUACUCAACUUGGUCAAGGGAAUAGAUUUAUUUAUAAAUAGCAGCCCAAAAUAUAAUGGCCUCGGUUAUGGCCCUUAGAGCUCUGAGUCGGCUGAUCUUUGGAGAGUCUUUCAUCCUUAUUCUACAGCGCAGUCCUUUUUGGAUUAAAGCAAACAUUUUUGCACAAUGGCCAAAUUCGUUCCUCAGCCAAUCUCACCAGAUUUUAUUGGAAGAUGUUUACAAUGUUGAGAUUUUUAAACUGGAUUGAAAAACAUAACCUAUUCGACAGUUUUUGUUUAUUUAUUUUUAGCCUUUUUUUUCUUUAAUGGAUUAUGAAAAGGAUAAACUGGAAACAUGGGGAGAGAAGAAGAGAAGUGUAAAUAAGGCUUGAGACAUGCAGCAUUGCCAUGUUUUUAAAUAAUGAUACUAUAAUAACAAGACAAAUGUAUGUGUUUGUAUAAAUUAUACAUUUUUAAUAAUUAAAAAACACAAAGGGCAUCAAAUUAUUCUAGAUGGUGACGCUCACACCCGGACCAAAUGUUCCCAUGUGUUUGUGUCUCACCACCGUUUUUGAAAUUGGUCCAGUAUUGAGCGAAGGAGCUGCAAACGGCAGCCGCUUAACAGCAUGUCAUUUAAUCAUAUCAUUUUUCACUGAAGGCAGUAGAUGGAGUUCAGUGGAUAGAAUUAUCAUUGGCACAUUUUAAAAACAGUUUGCUCAGGGAGAAAUCUUGCUCUGAUAUCUCUCCUUGCAACCACGUUGUUGAAACAGCUUAAUAAUAAGCCAUGACAUUGUAAAUAAUUUAGAUAACACCAGGGUACUUCACAACACAACGAACUCCGACAACACCAGCACACUCCUCUCUGUCUUCUGGCAACAAGUCACAUGGCACGUUAACAAACAUCCCUAAACAACCCAAAGGUAAAGAAACCCUUUUAGUUGUCUUUGGAGGUGAUCCUUAAUGUUGUAAAACACUCUUAAUAACAAUCUGAACCUGCCGUUUGUAAAAAAAGACCACAUUUCUGUGGACUUACAUUGGAAGUGCAGAAGUGCCCUACAGGAUUACAUUGCAGCUGUUUAGCAUCUGCAGCCUCCAGCUCUUUUACUCAGUACUGUAGUCACUUGACUAAUGAAAAACAUGGUCUAGGUUGAACUUUUCCCCUUUACUAGCACUACUUGUGAGGUGCACAAACUUUGUCACAGCACUGUAGGAUUCGCAGGCACUAGACAACAGGUUUUAUGGGAAAUGAAUCUUGUGCUGCUGUUACACGGCUUUAAGUCAUAGGAUGCUUUUUUUCAGCUCCUCUGCCAAAGACUCAACAUAUUUACUGUUUGUUUUCAUGUAUUUGAUUCGAUGUCUGAAUGUAGCUACACUCACUGAAGAAUGUACUGAGCCUUGUUUUUCACUGAAAGCAGUACAUGAAGUGUAAAAGACAAAUAUGAUUGACACAUUGCAACAUGCUACAUUUGCCCAUUUAACUUUAACAUGAAGUUAUUUUAUGUUUCCCCUUCUUCAACAGAAAUGCAAUAUGUUUUACCUGAAUGUCAGCAUUGCUUGAGCUUUUUGAACCUAAAAAAAUGCAACUAAAUGCUCUCGGAUAUAUGUGAAAUAUCUCUCUGUAACUACUGGAUGAAGGUUUUUUUCAUUGGUCUGCAGUAGAAUGAAUGAUGAAGAAUCACACUUUUGUACUUUUUUUGAGUGAAUUAAACUGAUGCUUUGGGUGUGCCAAAGAUUGAGUAAA